AUGCAGGCCCAGCUUGCCGCGCUGGAGGCAAAAGUCAAAUCCUUGGAGUCCGAGCUGCAUUCUGCCAAAGCUCACUGUGCAAUGGCGCUGAGCGAGGUGGGCUUGAUGAAGAAACAACUCAAUAAGCGCCAAAAAAAGACACGGGCGAGGAAUAUCAACGCACUGAUGGUUGACGUCUGCGGAGGGACUGCGGCAGGAUCAGACAUCCAUUUCACCGGUGCUCUUUCUGCGAAGAGCAAGGAAGAUCUUAUUGACAUCGCGAAUCAGCUGACGAUCGAGACAACAGGCACCAAGGCUGAGUUGUUGAAGGCUAUCAGAGAGUACUUUGAUUCUCACACCAAUCUCAAAAAUGAUGCGCGAUUCGAGGGUCUCUUUAACGGCCGUUCACGCGGACAGAAGCGGCCACUCCAAGUUGCCAAUAUCACGGAGAACGAGGAAAACAUUCCUCCACCAACAAACCGUCAACGCAUCGAUCCAUCGUUUCCCCCCUCAAUCGAGUCUGCAUCUUUUGCGUCACAUAAUAGGUUAUACCCGCCAAUGCAAUUUAAUACGAGCAACUACCCAUCUUCCAGUACAAUACCACCACCACUUUAUCCACAAGCAUCUUACUCGUACUAUAGUCACCCAUAA